GGGGGCGGAUUUUUUUCUUUAUGGAGCCAAAAAGCCGAUAAAAGACUUUCGGCGUCAUCGUUUGAAACCUGUUUCGGAGCAUCUAAUUUCAUGGAAAUUGGAGAGAAAUUAGCACACUUACUCAGAAAAGAGGUAAGAAUACAAGCACGCCGUUUGAGACGCCGGACGAUGACUUCUUGCAUGGAUGAUCGCCAUGUAGCUUCCAAGGCUAACUAGCUACUCCCAUCUAAGAAGCAGCUAACAUGGACACAAAUGAGGACCAAAACAGCAGCACCAGCACAACCAACACCGCCACCACCAAUGGAAACCCUCAGACUAGCAGAACCUCCCGGCCGCCGCAGAUAGCCCACAUGUCUCUCUAUGAGCGGCAGGCCGUACAAGCUCUCCAAGCAUUGCAGAGACAACCCAACGCAGCUCAGUACUUCCAGCAACUCAUGCUUCAACAGCAGAUUAACAAUGCUCAGCUGCAUAACUUGGCAGCUGUGCAACAGGUAGACCGAGGACGAAUUUUAUUGAGGGGAUAUAACUUUUGCUACAAGUCUUCUCUCUUUUUCAACCAGGCAACACUUGCAGCAAGUCGCCAGUCAAACACCCCAAGCAGCAGUAUCUCACAGGCGACCACCACUGUGAAUCUUAGCACCACGUCAGCAGGGGGAACCGCGACCACCCCUCGUCCCCACGGGCCGGCCACCUCCGCGACAUCUACCACGCUCAACCAGUCAGUGUUGUUGGGCGGCAGCUCGCCAGGACAGGGGCAGAUGUACCUCCGGGUGAACCGUUCUCUCAGGGCGCCACUGGCCUCUCAGCUCAUCUUCAUGCCAGGUGGCACAGCAACAGCUACUGUGGCCACAGUGGCUCAAACCCAGCAGCAGCAGACUGAAGCUCCUACCUCAGCCAACGCUCAAUCCGACAGUGAUCAGGUGCAGAAUCUGGCCUUACACUGCGGGUCCACUCCCAGAGCGGUCGCCGUCAAAUCCGAGCUCCCUGACAGGAAAGAGUCCAGCAGCUUUCCCCAAGUUCAACCCCAACAACAAGCAGGCAAAUCAUCGGCCACCACCAUGGCUGGCAAAGGCGGCAACCAACCCGCGAUGAGCGCCGCUCCGCCCGCCGCCUCGGUAGCCCCCUCCGCAACCUCCUCUCCGGCACUCCCGCUUUCCCAGCUUCUCCUGUCACCCUCUGCUGCCCCCGUAAUCCUGGUGCCCACCUCCAACGUGCCUACCUCCACCCAGGGUUACUCCCUCGGCUCGGUCGCCCCCAAGGCUAACGUUAACACUCAGACUCUCGUGGUGCAGCCGCUCCAGCAGGCCGGCGCCGACAAAGGCCCCGUGCCCAUCCAGCCCAAAACGGCACAGGGACACCGCUUACCUGUGCAGGUGUCCCCCCGUCAACCGCUGCCCAUUCUCCCUGCGCCGGCCAGCAACACAACCCACAACCCGCCACACAUUCCCGUGCAGCUAGUGGGAGCCAGACAGUGCGUGGCAGGUAGCGUGCAAGCCGUUGCUCUAGCACAAGUGCGAAACGUCACCACCCAGGACAACGUCAACGCUGCGUUGCAUAACUCUUCUACGACUGUGAAUAAGUCUGCCAACGGCUCCCUGAAGAGGAAGUCUGACUCCGAUGCGCCGAACGACACCAACGCGGGAUCGUCCGAAUCGACUUCGAUGAAAGAAGCUGCUCCUAAUUUGACUCCGGCGCCGACAAAGGAGUCAGCUCCUCCUUCCGCGGCAUCCUUCUCGCUGCCGCCCGCCUUGUCCUUGCUGCUAUCGAGAGGAAGCCACGGCGACAAAGAGCGGGCGCCGCUCCCUCAGGCGGUGGUCAAACCUCAAGUCCUAACACACCUCAUCGAGGGCUUCGUCAUCCAGGAGGGAGCAGAGCCUUUCCCUGUGGCUGGACUACUUAAAGAUCGAGACUUUGCCUUGGGCGCCCGUGCAGAAAACGGUCCACCUUUGUUGAAAUGCGAGUAUUGCUUAAGCCUGGCGCCAGCAAGCCAGUUCAGAGGAACCAAGAGAUUCUGUUCCAACACUUGUGCUAAAAGGUACAACGUAAGCUGCAGUCAACACUACAAGUCGAGUAGAAGAAAUGGCGGCGGGACGCCAGCGCCGCCUCCACCUCAACCUGUGGUUGAGAACGCCGUAAGGCGCCGCGGACCAACUCGACGAAGCACCGUUACCAACGGUGGGAAGUUGUCUGGACAGCACCUUAAUGUUAAGUGCCACUCGGACUCCAGCCGCUCAGAGGACGCGUCCAGCGAGGAGGAAGAAGAACAGGAUACGCCUUCACUUUCUCCCAGCUCAUCGCAUUCCAGAGGCGAUCUUAACAACGCGCCCCAAUCUGACGCCUCGGCUCCGGGGAGCCUCCCCAUGGAGACGGGCAGCUUCCUGUCAGCCACUCCCGCCCAGUGGAGCGUGGAAGAAGUGUGCAGGUUCAUCUCGUCACUUCAAGGUUGUGAGGAACUUGCAGCUCACUUCCUGUCCCAGGAAAUCGACGGGCAAGCUCUUCUGCUCCUACGCGAGGAUCAUCUCAUCUCCACUAUGAACAUCAAAUUGGGUCCUGCUCUCAAGAUUUGCGCCUCUAUUAACAGUCUGCGCGAGUGAACAAUUGUUUGACACGACGCUACGAUUAAGUUUACAUUCUGGACCUUGAAUGUGCCAAAAUGUCUUUUUUCUGAAUGUAGUGUUAACCCAUGUUAAUCCAUUGGCUGCCAUUGACGGUGAUAGAUGUCUGUUCCAUUUUGACUGGGAGGGGCGUAGCACCGUCAGUGGCAGCUCAUGAGUCAAAUACGCUAACCCAAUAGUGAGUAGUGUUUUGACUUUUUGUAUACUACAUAAGACACGUUGCCUUUUUUGCUGUAUUUAAAAUGGUGCUUCAAUUUUUUUUCUGUUACGAGUCCAAUAAGGGAGACAUGCAUAUUGCUUUGUAAAGUUUAGUUUUCUAUAUCUUUUACAUUUUCUACUCGAGUAUUUUUCAUGUCCAGUUUGUGGUGCUGUAACCAACUUAACUUGACAGGACUUAAUGUAGUGAUGCUUUGAGAUAUCAUUUUAAAGAAAUGUGACUCUUGAGUCAGUCGCUUGUAUCUCAAGGCAUUGCUUUAUAUUCGAGACAUAACGUUUUAUUUUCACCUCUGAAGUAAUCCUGGAGUGUCUUGUUUUCUUCCUCCUCUCCUGGAAUUAUUCUUCCUCAGCAGCUAAAUCAUUGCAGCAAUUUUGACGUCAUUCAUGACUUGAAAAAAGUCCUUAGGAGGAAUCACAGGGAAACCAGGUUAGGUUGUUUUAGCAUGGCUAUGUUCACUCUGGACAUUUUCAGGUUUGAAAAAUGUAACACCAGUCCUGGAACCUUUUUGUUUUUUUUGACACAGCCAAUGUCAUCCUCCAUGUAGGCUGUGAUGAUGAUUCUAUUUUAUUAUUCAGUUCACAGUCCUUCAACUUGGAACCAUACUAAUACAUAGCAAUGCACCUGAGGAAAGUGGUAAACAAGACAGACAAACCAUCGUUCUCCAACUUGGUGAUUUUCAAGUUUACAUCUGCUUCAAAGUCUUUUCCUUUUGCCUAAACCUUUAAAAAAAAAUUGGUUUUUCAUUAGGAAAAGCUUAAUAAACAUCUUGAAUAU